AUGCCCUCUCAUCAAGUAGUACUACUUUCAACUGCUCAAUUGGCUCCAUCUUAUACGAAACAACGUCGUAAGAGAAAUCAAGGCUCAAAUUUAUCCUUUUCAAGAUUGGAUAUUUCAUCAAAUAGUAUUAAUGGUGUCGUUAGCUCUCUUUCAAUAUUUAGUAGAAAUUUAAAUCAAGUUUCAAAGCAUGAUGUUGGUAUUCAGGAGAGGAAUGAUUUAUUGGCUAGUCAAUCAGCAAAUUUGAAGAGAUGUUCUAUUCAUGAGACAGAUUCAAUGGCUAGUCCAAGUUUUGCUCCAGAUGAAAGUAAGACAAGAGGAAGAUCCAGCUCGAAUCCAUUACCUAAAGUUUCUCAGAAAUCUAGAGAUUCAUUCUCUCGCUCAGAGACCCUCGUUUCGAAUAAUAAGAAUAAUCAAGCAUGUCCUCCUUCUAUUGCCCUCACUAACACUGCCAUUCCAACCAUCUCAAUAACAUCAAAUACUACUCAACCUUCACUACUAACUAAUGGUCAAAGUUUGACCAUUAAGGGAAAUAACAUUCUCACAAGACUCUUACGUAAAUCUAAAGAAUCCAAGAUGGCAAAGAAACAUUACCAUUCUCCACCACUAAAUAAGAGUCCUUCUAACACUCAAUUUCUAACAGUAGAUGGCUCUCUAAUAACACCUAACAAGAAGAAACAUUCAACCACUAAUACUUUAUCCUCAUUCAAGUCAUUUUCCUCAUCUGUUUCAGGAGUCCACAAUACGAAUCACAGCUUAUCAAAUAUUAGUUGUUGCAGUAAUGAAUCAAAUGUCGUACCAUUUGUCGAAUCACCAACAACUAAUACUAGUUGCAGUAGUAGAGAAGAACUGAGCUUUCAUUCUUCCUCAAACGAAAGACAUACAGAAGAAGGCAACCCAGCAGAAAACUGUUUGAUUAAUGACAAGGUUUUGGGAAGGGAAAAUCGUUCCCAGAUUGAUCAGGAAGGAGAUAAAAAUAACCAAACACUUGAAAAUAAUGGUGAAAAAAUGACGGCAAAUGCCACAUGCCUGAUUGACCCAACAACAAUAAUUUGUCUCACGGAGCAAGAUGAAGUACUUUCAUCACCGACUAAUAAUCCUUCAUCAAAUUUAAAAUUCAUCAGGAGGUUGAGUAGUACACUGUCACAGCUUUCUAGUCAAAAACCUAAACGACAAAAAAUUAGGAAUUAUUCGAAUCUUUCUGACUGUCCACAAGAAAUUAUUUUACACAUUGCCAGUUUUAUACUAUGUACAACAACCCAUACGUCAAGCUUGUUUGCUGACUUUUCCUUUUCACCAACAGGUACUAACAUGAUUGGUUCCUUUUCUCCUAGUUCAAUAACACCUAUAGAUUCGAGUAAUUCUACCAUAUCGAGAAGAAAUUCCAGCUCAACCAUGAGAAGAAUAGGCCACUAUCCGAAAUAUACACCAUUCCCAGCAGAGCUUACUCGUGAUUAUUUUAAUUUAAUGCUCAUUUCUAAAAGUUUUCACUCGGCUCUUGAAUUUGAUCCUGAAAAUGAAGAUCAAUUCAAGAAUAGUAUUGUGGAAGGUUUUUGGAAAUACAUGAUACUGUGGCAAUAUGUCUAUCCUAAUUUUCCAACCAUUGACAAGCUGGAAGAGUACAUGAGGGAUCUCGAAUGUAAAAAGUCAUUGAACAUUUCCUACAAGAGACUCUACUCGUAUGUGAAUACUCAAUCUCUGCAACAAAAGGUUGUCAUUCCUAAAAAGAAGAAUGUAGUUUACGAUCCAUCCAAUUACUUUUACUUGUUGGUUGCUGGUGUCAACUUUCUUGUUGUGCAAACAAUUAGAUCUCUAUUUUUCGAGAGCAAAACUGACUUUGAAUGUAAGAGUAUAAAAUUUAACAAGGAAGAAUUCAAAGUAAAGGUAGAAUCGUGCAGUUUUAUGGACUAUUCCCUCGCUCCAAAUAGUGCAGAAUACAAGUUCAGAGGCACUGAUGGAGUCAUAUUCGUUGCCUACAUGUCGAGCAGAAGUUCCCUCGAUGCCAUGAUCAAGUACAUUGAAAAGUGUAUCGAGUUUAGAAAGAAGGAUGAGCAAAGAACAACCAUGGAUCCUCCAGCAGCCAUCAUUCUGGGAACAAUCACGAAAAAUACCACCUUACACGAGAUUUCCUUGAAUGAUUUAUGGGAGGUUCAGAAAACCUACUCGUACUUUAUUAAGGAUGUGGUCAUUGUUAAUACAGACACUCUGGAGAAUAUUCAAAGCUCCUUUGAGAAAAUUUCAGCCAUGAUGUAUAGAGCCCGAGUCAAGACGUAUGUGAAAACAUUACCAAUCAUUGAUCAGGCAUUGGCCAAGGACGAUGCCACCCUAUCACAAGAAUUGAAGAGAAGAAAAAGCAAACUUCAAAAUCCCUCACGAAAAAGGAAAUGCACAAUCAUGUAA